UGCACCCGGGGAUAGCGUACCGGUGCGUAGUGUAGGUACGUCAGGGAGAUGACGUAGCUGCCAGACAAUUACCCAACGUCCAGAGUGUCCGAUACACCAUCGUGGCGUACCCACAACCCGUCAGUCGGUGAUAUGUUGUGUUAGAGGACGUACCCAUCCACACCACAUGAUGAGCGGCAGCGAAGGCCACAUCGCGGAGUUCUACCGCGGCCGCCACAUCCUGGUGACGGGCGCCACGGGCUUCAUGGGCAAAGUUCUUGUGGAGAAACUGCUGAGGUCGUGUCCCCAGCUGGACCGUAUUUACCUCCUCAUGCGGCCCAAGAAGGGACAGGACGUCAGCAAGAGACUGGACGAGUUGAUUAACGCCCCGAUAUUUGACUGGCUCAAACAGCACCACCCGGAACAACUGAAGAAACUGACGACGGUGUGUGGCGACAUCACGAAGCCCGUGCUGGGUCUGAGUGAACAACACCAGAGGAUGUUGCAGGCCGAGGUGUCCAUAGUUUUCCACUCUGCGGCCACUGUCAAGUUUGAUGAGGCGCUACGUCAGUCAGUCGCCAUGAACCUCCAGGGCACCAAGACUCUCACACAGCUCUGCCUCAACUUCCCCAAACUUGAGGCAUUUGUGCAUGUGUCGACGGCCUACUGCAACUGUGACAGACAAGAGGUCCAUGAGGUGAUCUACGCUCCGCCAGCCGAUCCUGAGAAGAUCAUCCAGUGUGUAGAGGCUCUGGACCAGGACAUACUGGACUCCAUGACAGAGAAAAUUAUUAAGAACCGACCGAACACAUACACGUUUACUAAAGCUCUAGCCGAACAUGUUCUGCUCAAACAAUCAGCACACCUGCCCAUUGCCAUCAUCAGGCCGUCAAUCGUGACUGCCUCCUGGAAGGAGCCGUUGCCAGGAUGGGUGGACAACCUCAACGGUCCGACUGGUCUGCUGGCUGGUGCAGGGAAAGGUUUGCUGCGCACAAUUCUGUGUCAUCGGAACAAAGUGGCCGACCUCAUACCUGUGGACAUGGCCAUUAACCUCAUGAUCACAGUGGCUUGGCAUCUUGCUACCAUCAGGCCCAAUCGUCUGCUCAUAUACAACUGCACAUCUGGAUCAUCAAAUCCCAUCUACUGGCGAGACCUAGAGAAGUGGGGCCAUCAGUUCCUGGUCACCCACCCCUUCAGCAACGUCCUCUGGUAUCCUGGGGGCAGCUUCAAGAGCAACUGGCUCAUCAACAAGAUGUGCGUUUACGCAUUUCACCUCACCCCCGCCCUCAUCAUGGACACUAUCUCUCUACUGACCGGCCAGAAGCCUGUCAUGCUCAGAAUCCAAGACAAAGUACAGAAAGCCGUGACUUGCCUGGAAUUCUUCACGACACACGAGUGGCAGUUCAUGAACGACAACAUGACCCAGCUGCUCACAGACAUGCAUCCUGACGACAGGAACGAGUUCGAUUUCAACGUCUCCGCACUCAACUGGGAGUCUUACAUAGAAUCGUAUGUGCUCGGCACAAGGCAAUACAUAUUAAAAGACGACAUGAAAUCUAUGAACUCUGCAAAAAAACAUUUAAGGAGAAUGUACUGGGUCCAUAGAUUCAGCCAAUUGCUGAUCCUCGCCCUUGGCUGGCACGUCAUUCGUUCAGGCAAACUGACAACUCUCGGGUACAACAUUCUCAGCCGCAUACUCAACUUCAUACCAUUAUCAUCUCUUCCACGCUCUAAGUGAAUUUUAUCUUGUACGUUACUUAAGUUAAUGAAUACCUGUUACUUUAAGUUUUAUAUUGCCCAGUUACUGUUGAAAAUAAAAUAGCGUCAUUUUAAA